AUGACUUCUACCUUUGCUGGCAUGUUUUCAGCUGGUUCAUUGGCUCCUCCUAGCAGCUGCAUGAAGGACAACAGGCUUGCAAUUUCUUCAAGCUCAUUUGGGAGGAGGAAAAAUAUUGUUCUAUGCAAAACACGCCCUUGCCAAAUAACAGCUGCAGCCAAGGAGUUGUAUUUCAACAAGGAUGGAUCAGCUAUUAAGAAACUCCAAAUUGGUGUUAAUAAGCUUUCUGAUCUAGUUGGGGUCACAUUUGGUCCCAAGGGAAGGAAUGUUGUUCUUGAGAGCAAGUAUGGUGCUCCAAAAAUUGUCAAUGAUGGAGUUACUGUGACUAGAGGUUGAGCUGGAGGACCCUGUGGAGGGAACAUAGGUGCUAAGCUGGUAAGACAAGCUGUUGCCAAAACCAAUGACUUGGCAGGUGAUGGGACAACAACAUCUGUUGUUCUUGCACAAGGCCUAAUUGCUGAAGGUGUCAAGGUUGUUGCAGCUGGUGCAAACCCUGUCUUGAUCACUAGAGGAAUUGAGAAGACCACAAAAGUUUUAGUGUCUGAGCUGAAAAACAUGUCAAAAGAGGUAAAGAAGCUAACACUUGUGCCAAGUGAUUGAUAUUGUCCAGCUUAUAUUUGUUUACCAAAGAUGUAGUAGUAGUAGUAGAAAGGGUUAAAAGGCAAAUGGCAAACCAAAACUGUGGGUUACAUUUCACCAUACUUUGUAACUGAUAGUGAGAAAAUGGCUGUUGAAUAUGAGAACUGUAAGGUAAGUGGUUUUC